AUGGAAGAUAAGGAUGAGGCACCGCCCUCAAGGCCGCUAACUACAGCGGACCCACAAGUAGCAGCAGCAGCAGGUGCUGUUGCUGCUACUGCCGCAGCAUCACCAGAAAGUGCAGCGGCAUUCAGUUUACCGGUGGCAGCAGCAGGUGACGCAGCUCCAACAGCACCAGCUGCACGAGCACCAGCUGCGCCAGCAGCAGGGCUAGCAGCAGAAGACGCAGCAGCCCGAACCCCACCGGCGACAGCAGCCGCAGCCGGUGCUUUACCGGAGGCAAAAACACCAAAAUUGGUGGGUAUUCGGCUUUUUCUCGGUGCAGCAGCAGCUGCUGCUGCUGCAGUUUGGCUCCUGCUUUUGCUGCUGGCCUGGGGUGAGCUUGCCGACCAGCCCCUGCAGGGCCCGUGGACCCGCGAUUGGACCCGCGGGACUGCAGCUGCUGUUUUUGCGGCUGCUGCUGCUGCUGCAAAGGUUUUCAUGCCUUCCCGUGUUGUUGCUGGGGCGGUGACCCAGGAGCAGGUGCUGCAGCAACAGGCAUUUCAGCAGGACUUACUCUUGCCGCAGCAGUCCCGACAGCAGCAGUUGUACGCAACAGACCUAGAGACAGAGGGUUUGUCGGUGCAAAACAAGGUGGCCGAGGAGGAGCAGCAACAAGUGUUGCUGCUCCUGCUGCAGCUACAGCAGCAGCAGCGGCGCCGCAGGGCAGCAGACCCUCGUUCGGUCCCUUCUAUGCGUCUGCUGCAGUCGCUAGUUAAGGCGCAUGCCGCAGCUCGAGCAGCAUCUGCAGCUCGAGCAGCAGCAGUAGCCCGAGCAGCGGCAACAACAGCACCACCGGCCGAAUCCGCAGAUGCAGCAGACGACGACCUAAGGGAGUUGCUGCUGCGGGAGGGCUGGCUGGUGACAGAUAACAAGCGACAGAAAACAAUACGACUGCCACAGGAAGCCCGCGAGCUGCUGCUGCAGCAGGGAGGCCUUGGUCUGCAGCAGCUGCUGCUGCAGCAUAUACAAGCAGCAUCCGACACCGUCACCACCAUCCCUAGCCCUACCGUCUCCACUCUCACGUCCAUCGCAAGCGGCAGCAGCAGCAGUAGCCGCAGCAGCGGCGGCGUCAACAGCAGCAGCGGCUUGGUUUUGCUUGCUGGCUCGACCCCUCGCCGUUUGUUGACAAGCUCAGCCUACUCGCGUGCCUACAAGCAACUGUCUGAAGCGCUCCACCCUGACCGGCUCACUCGCGCAGUGAAGGUGGGGGGCCAGUACCUGUACCCUUGGAGUGUGUUUACAGACCAGGAGAGAGAGCAGCUGCGGCUCAUGGCCGACCAGCUCAAGUGGCUGCCCAAGUGGAUUAAGCACCACAGGGUGGCCCGGCGGCCGCCUCCGGGGGCCUUGAGGCGCCACCUGCCGGUGCUGCAGCCAGUCUAUACAGACCGCUACGGGGGCCCCGGAUCAGCUGCUGUCGGGGCUUCUCCCGGUGUGCGCUACACUUGGCUAGGCCAUGCUUCUGGGGUGUUAUCUAUAGACGGUCUAAACGUGCUGAUCGACCCGGUGUUGGGAGACGAUAUUGUCGGGGCGAUGCACGAGUGGGCCAAGAAGUUCAUUAAUUUCUUCAACACCAAACUCUGCGGCAGUCUGGGGGAACGGCUGCGGAGAGCCCCCGCGCGGGUCGGGGAACUGCCCCCGGACCUGCAUCUGGUGGUGUUGUCGCACAACCACCAGGACCACAUAAUGGAGGGAGACAUACAGAAGCUUUGCCGCACCCACAAGGCGCGGUUCAAGCACCUCAUGUGGUACGUGCCGGAAGGGGUUGCUUGGUUUCUGGUCAAGCACGGCUGCUCGCCCAAGAGAGUCUAUGAGUUCACCUGGGGGGAGAGCCGAACCCUCUCCUGCAUGCCCAGGAACGGGCAGUACUCGUGCACAGACGGAGUGUGGCGCAAAAGUUCGAACACCAGCGCACACUCGGGGAUCACAAGGAGCAGAAACAACACACAGACGCAGCAGCAGCAGCAGCAGGUGCAGCAAAGUAACAGGGCGCGAGGGAAGGGAGCAAACAGGGGCCCCGUGGAAGCCGGCAAGUCCAGCAACAGACACUCCCAUUACUUCAGGCCACAGACGAGCUCUGAAAAGCAAGAUAAUAGGAGUGGCUCACAUGGAGGUCCAGGAGAUAUCGGGGGGGCACUUUGGAAGAGGAGCCCCCUGUUCCGCGGUAGCCGGUGGGGCCGAGCGGCGUUGCCUCAGCGUUUGCCAGGAACGCAAGUGUCUACAGCAUCGCCCUCACCUGCCCCUCUGCAGCAGCAGCGCACUGCUUCGUCUUCUUCCCAGCACCAGCAGCAGCAGCUGCUGCUCCCUGUCUCUGGCGAGGGCGGUGUCGAGGGGGACACCCCAGUUGACCACUUUACGAUAACGUUUGUGGGUAACGUGCACUGGAGCGGCCGAAGCCCAGCCAAGACUGAUCAUAACACCUCUUUAUGGGGGGGAUUUGCGGUAAAAGGCCCACGGCACAGCUUCUUUUUUGGGGGGGAUACCAGUUACCUGCGUCCUGAGUUUGACGAGUUCAGGAAGGUGGGGCGACUGCUGGGGCCCUUUCACUUGGCGGCGAUCGCAAUCGGGGCGUACGAGCCCAAUGAGGACCUGCGCUUUCAGCACGUUAACCCCCAAGAGGCCCUUGCCCUCUACAAAGACAUAAGGGCAGAGGUCGCUGUGGGGGUUCACUGGGGCACCAUGAGGUUGUCUGCCGAGAAUCUCUUCGACCCCAUGCUGGAGCUAGAAUGCGCGCUUCUGGGAGUGCCUCUUCAUGCAUGCAGAGGGGAAACGAUGCCACCUGCUACUGCAUCUGCUGCUUCUGCUAAUCCAGCACCGGCGGCAGGCUGCUCAGGAGCGGGAAAUGCGGGGACGGCUGUGGCGGAAACAGCUACGCCGUCUGCUGCUGGGGCUGUCUCUCCAGCUGCUUUAGCAAGCGCAGGGGCAACAAAUGCAGAGGGUGGGGAGGCACAGGCUGGUGGCGCAACGAAGGCGCCACAGAAAAAUUCCAAAGGUUCUGGCCCUUCGAAGGGGAGUAUUAGAGCUGCCGAGGCCGAGGGCGUCGGGGACCGCGUCAACAGCAACAAUGGCAGCAGCAGCAGCGAUGCCAUGAGCACAGAGGCUACUGUAGAGGAUCCUUUUCGCCAUCACCAACGCGAGGUAGAAUCUGAGACCCUAGUAGCGGGCUCUACAGUAACUGCUUGCGUCUUGCUGGAACCAGAGCCCGAACUCGACGACCCGUCCGUCUCCGCAGCGGCUGCCCCUGUCGCUUUGGGGGUCUCUUCAGGGACGCCGGUUUCCGGGGGAAGCUCUAACGUGGGAGAGAUUGGCGGAGGGGGGUCGUUGGGGACCCUCACGAGCGGGCGCGGGUCCGGGGGCGUGUCAAAGUUAAGGCCAGCCAUAGAGGCCUUUUUGGACACCCCGGUUGCAGCCCUGAGGAGAGGGCGACGGCCGGGGAACCUGCGAGAGGCAUUUGCGCCAGGCUUUAACUUUAGUGCAGCGUUGCAGCCAGUGAAGCUAUGGAGUGAUCCGUUGCUCUAUCCUAGCAACUUCAGAAGGCUGAGGCGUGCGGAGAAGUUGGAAUCGUUGGGCCUGUUAGACAAUGACCCCCACUGGCGAGAGCGCCUGCUUGUUGAUGGUUCCCGUUUUCAGACCCUACACAUAGGCCAUUCAAUACAAGUUGAAGAAGGUGGUGACGGUACAUAUCUGCUGAUGUCCCGCAGCAGCGCCCGUGAUCACAUAGAUCCCACCGCUGCUGCUGAGCAGUACGCAUUCUUGCCUCGCUAUUUUACUCCAAGCAUGAAGCAGAAAGGGGCCUCCCCAGAGGCUAGCCCUGUCUUUUCAGACAUUCCGUUCAGCUACGCAGACGCAGCAGCAGAAGCAAAUUUAGCAACGAGUUUCAGCAAUGCGGUCUUCAACCUGGAGCAUACCAUCGGCAGGCCACAGUACCAAAUCCUAUCCCCCGCUACAGCGGCGGCAGCAGCGGAUUUCUCAGCAGGUCGAGCCGCGUGGGCUGCAGCCUCAGCAACAACCCCUCCAGCUGCAAUGCAGCAGCAUGCAGAGCAGCAGCUGGAGGAAGACCUUGAAUUGUUUGAUGUUUUGGACUGA